UCAGUUCAUCAUCAGUAUUCAGUUCAGCAGACAAACAGAUUAGACACUAUGGCAUACAUCAGAGCAUUAAAAAUGAUUAUGUCCAAGAUCCCAGCGUGGACUAAAGUGAAAACUGGUGGAAUUCAGCCAACACGCUUCCCCUCAUCACCACACGUAUAUGCCGCAAACAAAGUAGCUAUGAGCAAGUUUGGUACCAAGCUCUUGCCAUACGAAAUCCUUGAAAAGCGUAUCAAAAUUAUUAAUGACAGAAUAGGAAAGCCAUUGUCAUUGACAGAAAAAGUGCUUUAUUCUCACUUGGAUGAUCCUGUUAAUCAAGAUAUUGAGCGUGGUGUCUCUUACUUAAAGUUGAGGCCUGAUCGUGUUGCAAUGCAAGAUGCUACUGCACAAAUGGCUAUGUUGCAAUUCAUCUCUUCAGGUCUGCCAAAGGUUGCUGUUCCUUCCACGAUUCAUUGUGAUCAUUUGAUUGAAGCUCAAUUAGGUGGAGUCGAAGAUUUGAAAGAGAAGAAAUGA